UUUGUUAAAUGACUAGUCAAGAAAUUAAAUAACAACUGUGUACCUUCCUUAGAGAUAUUAUGGUCAUUAUUUAGGUGUAAAUAAAUAGUUUAGGGCAAUGCCCUCUGAUACAAAAUAUCUGUACUUAGUAUAUGCAUAUUUGUUUUAUAAAUUUCUAAAAAAAAUAUGUGAACAGUUAUGAUCAUGGUUCAAAUGUGUUAUGUUGAUGACUCUUUCUCUAUAUAUACACUGCAAUGUAAAAUUUACAAAUACAUAUAUAACAGCAAAAGGAUAUUAUUCUAAUCUUUUGUAUAUGUAAGGUUAAAUUAUCUAUAUGGUUUAAGUGAUGAAAACUAAGACAUACUUCACUUGAUAUACCACGUGAAGCAUAUGUGAUAUUACUUUCAACAAAUAAGCCACAUAUUGUACUUAAUUGUUAGUAUACAUAGGAUAUAAGUCAUAUUAUCUUUGGUGUACAGAAUUUGUUACGGAAGCUAGGAUACUAUUUAAAGAUAAAAUGGCGUUGCUUUACACAAUCUGUAUGGAUAUUUGUCAUGGUGACCUUGUCAUUAAAUGUGGUUUUCCUCGCCAAGCAUUGAUAGUGGCGGUCUGCAUAGCGGUGAAUAUUAUCGUUGUUACACAGUUCAAAAGAUAUCCUGUUGUACCAAAUACGAAAGAGAAAGGAAUAUAUACAAUUCCACCAUUUAAAUGUACGAAUAACAGUCAUCAAACAGAUAUACGUGUUCUCUGUCUCAUCCUUGCAAAUGGUUAUGAAGAUCAAAAAAUGACUGCAAUAAGCAAGACAUGGGCAGUGCGUUGUGAUAAGCAUCUUUUCAUCAAUGGACAAACGAAUAUGACGAAAAAAGCGAAAACAAUAUUAAAUGUUCCAGUUCCAGAAAAGAGAAAGCAUUUGACAAGAAAGGUUCAACGUGCACUCGAACAUAUUUACAGAACAUAUAAAGGGAAAUAUCAUUGGAUAUUGAAAUGCGACACGGACACUUUUGUUAUUAUGGAUAAUCUUCGAUACCUUCUCUCAUUUGCAGACUCAAAUAAACCAGGUUACCUGGGUUUUCAUAUAAAGACAAAGGAAACAGAGCGUAAUGGUUAUAUGAGUGGAGGUGGCGCCUACGCAAUAAGCUGGCAAGGCCUUCAUCAGCUAAUGCAAAAAGGCUUCAAAAACGGCUGCUGCGAACAAGAUGGCCCAAAUGAGGAUCUUCGGAUUGGCUUAUGCCUUGCUGAAUCGGAUGUUCCAGUUUUAAACUCACUUGAUAGGGAAGGAAAAGAAGCAUUUCAUUCAGAUUCUUUACAACGGUUGUUAUACCCACCACAUCCAAAGUUGACAACUAAGUAUGCCUGGAACAGUGGUUUUAAAUUUGUAAGUAUUAUAAAAGUGACCUGACAAGAACGUAACUUUACCUUA